AUGCUCUUCCUUAGCUCACUCCCACGCAACACCAACACCAACUCGGCAUACAAGAAGAAGCUGAAUGGGUGGUUGAGUUAUGCGUUUGCCAGCGAAGUCUUCGUCAUCGUCUCACUAACACUCUUCCUCCCCAUCUGCCUCGAACAAUUCGCUAGGGAUAAUGGGUAUUUGGCGCCUUUGAAGACGGAGCGGUGUUCUUCUGCUGCUGCGACGACGAAUGCUAGGAUGACGCCCUCGACUGCGAGGUGUGUCGUCAGGAUUGCGGGGGUUUGGAUUGAUACUGCGAGUUUCAGAGAGAGAGGAUAUAGGUGUUUGGGGGGGUGGUGA